AUGCACGGAAGACAAAGGAGCAGAAACGCGAUAAGGGGGAGAAGGGCGAGGUCUGCUCUCAUGCCGUCCUGCUCCGCCACCGCUGCUGCCAUCGAUUAGAUUGAAUUUUCACUAAGAAAAAUGAACCACCCAAAUAUUGUGAAGCUAAAGGAAGUUAUUCGAGAAAGUGACAUUCUGUACUUUGUUUUUGAGUACAUGGAAUGCAACCUGUACCAACUUAUGAAAGACAGGGAGAAGAUGUUUUCUGAGGGUGAAGUUAGGAAUUGGUGUUUUCAAGUUUUCCAAGGUCUUUCUUAUAUGCACCAGUGGGGAUACUUCCACCGUUAUCUGAAGCCUGCAAAUGGAGAUUUAUACUAUGGUCUAUUCUGAUUUUGGCCUAGCACGUGAGAUCAGUUCACAACCACCCUACACUGAGUAUGUCUCCACACGGUGGUAAG